CUUGCUUUAGACGUGUGCUGGCCGGCAAGCGAGUUGCCCCACAUUGGGUGCGACGGACCAUAGCAUGUGAACGCGUCGAAGAGUGUAUGCGUGAAUGUGGCCGUGAAAAACGUUUCACCUGUGAGGGUUUCAAUUAUCGCCUCGAUCCUUCGGGUCAUGGUCAGGGUGAUUGUGAGCUAAUCGAAAUACCCUUGGCCCAAAUUGAUUUGUACUCCAGCGCUAAUCGUCGAGAUUCGAAUUUGUUGCGGCAUCCAGAUUAUGAUUAUUAUGAAAGGGAUCGUAAUGCCCCACCCAGCUGUCGUUAUAAUGUGUGUAGAGAUUGUACCAGUAAAUUGCCACCUCCGCCCUUGGCACCCUCCUCAUCGCAUUACAAUAAGCCCAGUGGGGCAUGGAGUGACAAGCCACCUUAUAGGGAUGAUCAUUAUCUACCCUCACCGCCAAGUGGAGGCAGCAGCGGCUACUAUAGUCGUCCUCCGCCCAGUAGCAGUAGUUCGUCGUUGGAACAUUAUGGUCCUUCGGGGCCAUCGGGCCCCUCAUAUGAGUCACAUGGUCGUCCACCCUAUUCCUAUGAACAUCACAGCGGUUCCCAUGAAUUCUCCUCGCAUAGCUCAGGUUACUACGAACAUUCUUCGCACAGUGGCUAUGGCAGCAGUGGUUCCGGUUUGGAGCCCAUCGAUCGUUAUGACAUACAUCAUGGUGGCGAUCGGGAUCGUGAUCGUUACAGGCCAUAUCCCUCGAAAUGGGAAGCCUUGCCCAGCGGCAGUGGCAGCGGUGGCUAUGAUGGUGGUAAGCAUUCCUCAGAACGUUAUCGUCCCCCCUAUCGUCCUGGUCCUGAGUACACACCAUAUCGCCCUUCAGGUUCCCAUGCACCGGAUUCAUAUCGUCCUGGUCCACCACCACCUUCCUAUAAUUAUUUAGAUCGUGAUCGCCCCCCGUCGUCCUACAAAAAAGGUGGUAGUCCCAGUGGUGGCGGUGGUGGUGGAGGUGGGAAAUAUGUGCCCUACCUAAUUGGUACCGAUAAUGAAUGGGGUUCCUAUGGUGGCAAUUAUGGUGGCUAUCGUAAUAAACAAACUGCCUAUUGGGGUCUUACAGAUCAUCGCACCAAGCCGAGGGAUCCCAUUGACUUUAACUAUUUCGAUUUGGGUCCACCGUCGCGCAAAGGUGAGCCGCCACAUGAAAGUAAUUCGGUUUUGAGUUAUCCCGGAUCCAGUUAUGGUGGCUAUAAUAAACAUGAUGGCUUUUCGGAUCGUUUUGAUUAUCGUCAUCAAUGGACAAGGCGGCCGGGACCAGAUGAAUGUUCGGCAAAAACUUCGGAAGGUUUCCGUUUACACAAGAAGAUUGUAAAACACAUCUAUUCCGCGCCCAGCUUAACGGAAUGUGAACGUUUGUGUUAUGGCCAGGAUGCAUUUAUUUGUCACACCUUCUCGUAUCGCUAUUCGUCUGGUAGUCGGGACAAUUGUAUGUUGUGUGACAGACCCAUAAAUCGUUUGGAUUACUAUGUGGAUAUUGAACCGGAUCGUAAUUACGAUAUAUACUCGAUGUCUGAUGAUAUGAAUGUUUGCCGCAAACCAUCACGCAGUGAUGGACCACGAGGAGGAGGAGGAGGCCCACCAACCACGGCCUUGGCAGAUCCCCGUAAUGCUCAAUGCUUCUUCCGUGCCAUUGAUGCCACCCGAUUCUUUAAGUCCAUUGUUCGCGAUUCGCUGACGGUACGUUCGGUGGGUGAAUGUGAAAUGGAAUGUAUAAAAUCGACGAAAUUCACCUGUCGUGCAUUUGCCUUCCGCUAUGGUCAAAUGCGACAUGCCAGUGUUAUUGAUAAUUGUCAGCUGAGCGAUUGGCCCGUUCGGGAUAUGGACAAGGAACGUCAUCUGGUCUUGGAUAAGGCUUUCGAUAUUUUCGAACGUGCCAGUUAUGGACAUGGCUGUGAAAUUCAACCCAUUGUCGAUGAGAAACACAAGAAAUCAUUCUGUUAUUUGGGUUAUGGUUCGGCUGCCAAGCUUAUGCCACCGGCCAUAAAGAAAGUUAUAACCACGCCCUCCGAAAUGGAGUGUAAAAAGGAAUGUAUGCGGUUCCGGGAUACAACAGCAUUUAAAUGUUAUUCCUUUAGUUAUGGCUCACGCAAGGCCACCUUCAAUUGUGAAAUGUCCGAUUUGGAUCAAACCGAAUUGAAAUUAAAUGUCCAUUACAAACACACGGAGGAUAGAGAUUUUUGGUUAUUCGCAUGGAAUCCAUUCGAUUAUACAUGUCGGGAUAAGGUUAACACGAUUGGUGGUUCAAGGGUUAAUAACAAUCGUCGCAUGGAUAUAUUUAGGGAACCAGGUGAUCUGGCUUGGCGCCAUUAUUCGGUAUCGGGCAAACCCUGUCGCCGCAGCAGUCCAUGUGAGAAAAAUCUAAUAACCGGUUUCUAUUCGUGUGAAAUUGAGGGUGGUGAAAUUGGUUCAUGGGAUUAUUGUUGUAAAAUGGAUCAUCCAUGUGGCUAUUCCAAGGGAUUCGAUUAUCCAUGGUGCUUUGUGGGCGAUGAACCCGAUCAAUGGCGUAAAUGUAGCGAUCGUUAUUUCCCCGGCAAUCACACCCUGACACAUUCCGGCCUCAGUGUUAAACCUCUGAAGCAGAAUGAAAAACGAAAACCCUCCGAUAGCUAUUCAUCGGCCGCCUCAACAUCCGAAGAAUAUCAGAAGCCACCUAGACCUGGUGGCCUACAGAAUUUAAGUGACUUCACAGCAGCCCGUCUUUGGCCUGUGACCUAUCUCUACAGUGAGGGGCCACCGAAUGCAACCGAGUUUAGUAAUUUCGUGGAUUGUAACAAGGAAUCGUGCUAA